AAAAGAAAAUACCUUUUAGGGUAUGUUAACUUCCUUCAACCGACUGAAGCAACGCUUUGAGCAACACAGUUCAGUGAGCUCACUCUAAUCUUCGCCAUGGGUCGUAUGCACAGUCGCGGUAAGGGUAUCUCAGCGUCGGCUCUUCCUUACAAGAGAACUCCUCCCAGUUGGCUUAAGAUCUCCGCUCCAGAUGUUGAGGACAAUAUCUGCAAGUUUGCGAAAAAAGGAUUGACACCUUCACAAAUUGGUGUGAUUCUUCGUGAUUCUCAUGGAAUUGCUCAAGUUAAGAGUGUCACUGGGAGCAAGAUUUUGCGUAUCCUCAAAGCUCACGGACUUGCUCCUGAGAUCCCGGAGGAUCUAUACCACCUUAUUAAGAAGGCAGUUGCCAUCAGGAAGCAUUUGGAGAGGAACAGAAAGGACAAGGAUUCCAAGUUCCGCUUGAUUUUGGUGGAGAGUAGGAUUCACCGCCUUGCUCGUUAUUACAAGAAAACUAAGAAGCUUCCACCUGUCUGGAAAUAUGAGUCUACCACGGCAAGUACACUUGUAGCUUAAACUGAGACAUGGAUGGAUUAUUAGUUUUGAGAAGAUUGAUCAGCUGAAGUCUUCUUCUCUAUGUAUUCGAAUAGUUCUCAGGUCCAUUUUUUUGAAUUUUGAUACUUAAUGGUGAUAGUUUCUGGAUACUUUCUCCAACUUUUACUAAAUGUUAUGCAUAGAUGCUUUAAUUUGGGUAUUGAUGUCAAUUUCUUUCGACUACUCGAUAAAUAUCCAGCUCUACUCAA